AUGACUAUUGUAGAUUCAACCAUGAGUGAUAAUAGAUAUUGCUAUUUACACUACAAAACAAUAGACAAGGAAUCAGCUUCUAUUGAUUUACCUUUUGAGGAUAUACAAGUACCUUUAGAGCUCCUACCAGUGUCCUUAGAUGAGGAACAAGCGACAUUACCUUCAACUGUACACCCUUCUUAUCCCUACGGCAACCCAUUCAAGGAGACGCAUUCGACGAUAGAGCAGACAUCAUCAAUAAAGACCCAAGUUAAUUCUCUCUACUGGGAUGACCUAGCCUUGGAUGAUCUCCUACCAAAGAACAACCAAUUCAAGUUGGAUAUACUAAGCACAGAGCAGCAGCAAGAGGAAGAACAGGAUGAGGAUGAGGAGUAUGAAGACAAUGAAGAUAACAAUAACGGUGAUCACUCGUCUAAUUCUUGGUCUGAGUGACCCUGUCUAGCAGCUUAUUUACAACUAUUUCCUUCUUCUUAUCAAAGUUAUCGUUUAACUCUCUUAAUGCAUU